AUGAUGAUGGGGCUGCGAAAUAGCGACGGGUGGCGAAAUCACUCUACGCCAUUGACGAUGCAAUGGUUGGAAGCGACCUACACACCCAUGAUGGGCGCGUGUAUUGCGCGCAACGCUCUGUACAAUGAUUAUGUUCAAUGGUGCCACUUGAACUUCAUUCAGCCUGUAAAUGCAGCAAGUUUUGGAAAAAUAAUCAGAAGGCAAUUUCCGCAUUUGACGACAAGGCGCCUCGGUACGAGAGGUCAAUCAAAAUACCACUACUACGGACUUUCUCUAAAAUAUCAACUGCAUCCUAGUCAGCCUGAAAAUAUAGUCUGCAACGGCAAUGGUGGAGAUGAGAGAAAGUUCAACAUGAAAGAGGAACCAGACAAGAACCACAAUCUCACCUUUUGCACCACCAUUGUUCAAUCAUUUUCCUACAAGCAGCAACAAGUUAUUGCAAAUGACUUUACAUCAGCACACUUUGAUAACACUUUCUGGAGAUGUGGAAUUCAAGUUGAGGAUGAAGGGAUUAAUUACUACGACAAUAUGAUCCCGGUCAUAUCCCAAGAUCUAGAAAUCUGUAACAAUUCAGAUAUUUCGGAGCAACAGGCCCAUUUGACGGGACUAGUAGACGAACUCAAUACGGAACCUGUGAAUUUGCAGCUACUUGGCGAUAAUCUUUAUGGUUCGUCAGAGACCCUGCAGCUUUGGGGUCAUCAUGACUUCUAG